GUCUGCGCCCGGAUCCUGCACGAGGUGAAAGCGAAAUGGAGGGCUCAGCUUCCAUGCCGCCGCCAAGCACAGAGGCGACUGCACCUUCCACCUCAAUUCCAGAGGCUCCGAGCGCAGAGGAACAGCUAGACAAAAAUCAAAUUAGAAAGGCAGUGGAAGCUCUCUUGGCACAUUGCAAGUCCAGGAAAAACGAUAAUGGAUUCCUUUUGAAUGAGAAUGAAAAUUUAUUUUUAAUGGUGAUAUUGUGGAAAAUUCCAAGUAAAGAACUGAGGGUCAGAUUGCCCUUGCCUCAUGGUAUUCGAUCAGAUUUAGAAGAAAUUUGUUUAUUUACCAAGGAUGAACCCAAUAAAACUCCUGAACAGACAGAACGUUUCUAUAGAAAGCUUUUGAACAAGCAUGGCAUUAAAACCAUAUCUCGGAUUAUACCACUCCAAACUUUAAAAAAGGAAUAUAAACCCUAUGAAGCCAAGCUCCGCCUUAUGAGUAGUUUUGACUUUUUCCUUACUGAUGCCAGAAUUAGGCGGCUUUUACCCACACACAUUGGAAGACAUUUCUAUCAAAGAAAGAAAGUUCCAGUAUCUGUGAAUCUUCUAACCAAGAAUUUAUCAACAGAGAUCAAUGAAUCUAUAGGUGGAACAGUCUUAAACAUCUCUAAAAGUGGUUCUUGCAGCACUAUACGCAUCGGUCACACUGCAAUGCAGAUUGAGCAUAUCACUGAAAACAUUAUUGCUGUCGCAAAAGGGCUUUCAGAAAAAUUGCCAGAGAAAUGGAAGAGUGUGAAACUCAUGUUUGUGAAAACUGAGAGAUCGGUUGCCCUCCCCAUCUUUUCUUCAUUUGUCACCAGUUGGGAUGAAAAUACCAAACGUUAUCUUCCUAAGAAAAAAGUGACAAAGAAAAAUCCGCGACGACGUCUUGAAAAACUAAAGUGGAAGAAGAGGCAGCAGGCUUCAUCAGUCUCAACAAAAGAUAAUGCAGCACCUAAAAGUGGUGCUCUGGUGAAGAAACCCGGGCCCCAGAAGGAAAAGGGCCCAGGACAUGGGAAGAAAAAACGCAGCAAACGUGGCAGAGUCAAAGCCCAACUUAAAGUGACAAACGACUCUGAAGAUGAAAUUCCACAGCUGGUACCAAUAGGAACAGCUCCAAUAGGAACAGUACCAAUAGGAACAGUUCCAAUAGGAACAGCUCCAGCUAAAGAAAAUGUAGAGACUCAAAAACAUACCAUAGGAAAGAAGUCUUCAAAAAAGAGUCCUGGUCCCACUACACCUCAUGGGAAGAAGAGAAAGGCCUUACCAGCUUCAGAUGCCGUGAAAGCUGCAGAGCCUGAGACUCCAGGUAAAGCGCCAGGAAAGAAGCCAAAAAUCAGAGAAGAGGCAGAGAAGGAAGGAAAUCUUUUACUGACCAAAAAAGACCCAAGACAGACUCCCAAAAAGCCAGAGGCCAAGGUCUUUGCUACUUCUACUAAACCUGCAAGAAAAGCUCCCCACACCCCUAAACGAUUGCCCAAAGUCCCUCAUUCGACCUAGUCACUGAUUCAACCAGAGGUAACAUCCAAGCUACUUGACGAGCUUUUUAGAAAUACUUACUCAUGUCAUGAUCCCCAUUGUAACCUCCUCCAAAUAUCAGGCCUAGACUUAAAUAUUUUUUUAAAACCUCCAUAUGUAAUUCUGAUAAAUGUUCCUGGGUGUAAAAACCAGUGGUUUGAAGUAAAAUCUAUUUUGUAAUUGUUCUUCUGUGUAUUUGCUAAUAGAAGGAUAAGAGAAUGCUUCUGUCAUUGUGUUUAUUAUUAAAGUAUAACAUUUGCUUCUGAGUAUGCAUGUUGUUGGCAUUCUGAAUCUUGUCAGUUUAACUUGAAGGCCUGCGAUGCGACACUUUUUCUCUUCUGCUGAGCACUUAAUCGUUUAUUCUCAUGGGCUAGUUUGUGAACACAUUCCAAAGUGGGCCAGUGAGGAGCUUGCUGCAUGAAAUUCCACUGUGGAACAUGGGUUUCUUGGUGGGUAUUGGUGGUAGUCUGUCAAGUUGAUGAAUUUCUUGAUUACCAUGCAUAUGAUGAAGGAAAUUAGCAUGGAGUCAUAUAUACAGGCUCUGAACUGGAUCUUGUCUACUAGGGCUAAGACCACAAUUCAUCUCCAAGAGCCUUGCCAACUUCCACAUUACUCCUCACCUUACAGAGAUUUACUCGUAUGUGCCAACUUGGGGAAGUAGACGUAACAAAGUGCACACAAACAUCUAGAGUAUGGGUCUCGCUCUAGCUCAGGUCUUGAACUCUGAGCUCAGGCAGUCGGCCCACCUCGGCCUCCCAAAG